AUGGUGCCGCCUGUGCACUUUGCAGCCCAGGCAACUCCGGCAUCCUGUGCAUCGGCCUAUGUCACUGGAACAGUCAUGGAGAGCGGGGAUGGCGCUGCCUGCACUGUCCCCAUGUCUGAAGGGUACUGUUCAGCCCAUGUUGUCUCCAGGCUGGAUAUUCCUGGCCAGGAUAUCACCAAAUAUUUUAUGAAGCUCCUUUUAGAGCGUGGGUACACUUUUGUUAGCACAGCUGAAAAGGAAAUUGUGAGAGAUAUCAGAAAGAAGUUGUGCUGCGCAGCUUUAGACCCCAUCCAAGAAAUGAAAGCAAAGACAAAGAAAUUGAAAGAAUACAAAUUGCCUGACAAUGAUAUCAUCCACAGAGGCAACUGGCUCUUUGGCACCAAGACCCUUUUCACACCUGCAAGCAUUGGAGUUGAAGCUCCUGGUGUGCAGAAAACUGUCUUCAACAGCAUUAUGAAGUGUGGCAUCGAUGUGUGCAGGAAUCUUUACGGCAGCAUCCUAUUCUCAGGUGGGUCCACUCUCUUUCCUGGCCUGGAGGAGCAGAUCCUGAAGGAGUUGAAGCUCCAAGUGCCUGCUGGCAUGUUUGUAAGGAUCAUUGCACCCCCCCCCGAGACAAAAUACUGUGUGUGGAUUGGGGCCUCCAUCCUCAUGCCUUUCAAACAAAUGUGGGUCACUGUGAGCAAUUACAAGGAUUUUGGGGCAGCUGUCAUUCACCAGAAAAGCUUUUAA